UGCGUUCUGCGAUGUGUUUUUUAGCCUUGCUGUCAUGCAGGUGGAAUUCAGUUCAGCAGCAGUAUGAUUCAACCACAUCAGGACAUAUACUGCCCGAGCAAAUCUCCUGUCAAGACCUGACUUCAUCUAUUAUUCACGUGAAUGCAGUCAUGGCAUCCUUAGCACAACCGUGGAGUUUAAACUGCGUGUAGACGGAAUACAUUACAAACGACGAAUCUCGGAGGAGACGCGCAUCAUGCUCAGGUGCUCUGCGUUUCACAGUAAAGGAGACAACAUAUCCUGCAUUUGGGAAAGAAAACACUGGCGUGAACGUUUCAGACAUUAAUCAGAUCCUUUUUAUAAUCAUGGAGGAAAGCAAUACAUCAGUCCCAGAUUUGAAGGACCUGGAGGUGAAAGUUGGGAGAAAGACCCCAGAAGGACUCCUCAAGUGGAUGAGAGAGGACCACAAAACUAUCUCUCAUCAUCAGACUGAAAACAAAGAAACAGAGAAAAAGGGCUUGGACGAGAAGAUCCGAAAACUGAAGCUGGAAAUGGCUCAUCUACGAGCGGCAGAUGUCAAGAUCCUGAACCAGUUGAUAGCAUUACACGAGGGCAUUGAGGCAGUAAAAUGGCUUCUGGAGGAACGCGGUGCACUCACCAGCCGCUGUAGCAGUCUGACCAGCAGCCAGUAUAGCUUGGGGGAGGGCCCCGACACAUCUUGGAGGGGCAGCUGGAGCAGCCUGCAGGAUCCCCAUGAUAAAUUAGACAACAUUUCCAUUGGCAGCUAUUUAGACACGUUAGCCGAUGAUCUGGAUGAGCACUGCCCCUCCAGCGGCACUGAUUCUAUACUCUGUGGUACCCCUAUUGGGACAGAGGUCUCCAGAGGUCCCGGAGGUGGGAUGAGCGGCGGCUCUGGAUCCGGUACAAGAUCUCAACAAGUCAGUUCCAAUGCCACUGGAUCCGGUACAAGAUCUCCACAAGUCAGUUCCAAUGCCACUGGAUCUGGUACAAGAUCUCCACAAGUCAGUUCCAAUGCCACUGGAUCUGGUACAAGAUCUCCACAAGUCAGUUCCAAUGCUCCUAAAGAAGAUGCUCAGGUUUGGAAGGCGUUGUCUGAGACGGGAAGACCACACCCUUCUGUCAAAAAUGACACUAAUAAUGCAAAGGCCAACAAAACCAAUGGAAUCCUGGACAAAGCAGUGAAGAAAAUUGUUGGCUCAGACUCACCCAGAGUCUGUUUGGCUGAGAAGCUGGGGAAGAAUCUAAGCCCUAAGAUGAAACCGUACAAGAAUGGCAAGGUCGAGCCGGAGACCUGCAAAAUGAAUGGCAAAGUUCAGCUGGAGUAUGAUGCGCACUGGCGUUGGGUGCAGUCCCAGGAUGAUGUCACAUUUUUGUAAUGAUGUACAGUAUUAUCAAACCAGAUUUGCUGGGUUUGACCUGGUGUUGUUCUUUGCUCACCACUGAGCUUUUGUUUAAAAAAACAAACCUUGGUUUUUUAUUACACCAACCUCAAUCUCUUUAAAGGGAUAGUUCACCCCAAAAUGAAAAUUCUGUCAUGAAUUACUCACCCUCAAGUUGUUCCAAUCCUGUAUACAUUUCUUUGAUCCACUUAAAGGAGUAGUUCAUUUUCAUGAUAAUUUACCCCCGUGUCAUCCAAGAUGUUUAUGUAUUUGUUUCUUUAGUCAAAAAGAAAUUAAGGUUUUUGAUGAAAACAUUCCAGGAUUUUCUCCAUAUAGUGGACUUCAAUGGACUCCAAACGGUUGAAGGUCAAAAUUACAGUUUCAGUUUCAGUUACAGCUUCAAAGGGCUUUAAAUGAUACCAGACGAUGAAUAAGGGUCUUAUCUAGCGAAACGAUUGGUCAUUUUCUAAAAGAAAAAUGUAUAUGCUUUAUAAACACAAAUGCUCGCCUUACUCUGUUUUGCGAUGCGUGUUCAUGACUUCACAUAAUACGUAAUUAUGUUGAAACUGUAAUUGAAAACGAGCUACUCCUUUAACACAAAGAAAGAUAUUUGGAAGAAUGUUAAGAAUAAUUUAAAUGGUAGUCAGAUGUGCCCCAGAACAGUUUGCUUUCCCAAAUUCCUCAAAAUAACAGAACAAAAAAUUACAGUCAGUUGCUAACAAAUAUCCAAAUAUCAUUCUUUGUGUUCAACCAAACAAAAGAAUUUAUACAGCUUUGGAACAAAUAGAGGGUGAAUAAUUCAUAACAGAAUUUUCAUUUUGGGGUAAACUAGUGCUUUAAGUCACUUAGAGAAACAGAAAGAUGCUAAAACUUGUUACAUCAAUAGACUGUGGUCAAUGUUGAAGAAUCCAGAAUUGAUUUCAUUAAGUUGUGUAGAUGUUUAGGGUUUAGAUGUGUCUUUUUUAUUCGUGAAACAUAAUAUUUUCUGAAAUCUAAACAACUUUAGCACAAGUAUUUAUUAAUGAGUCACAUUGUCUUUACCAAAUCAGUAGUUUAUUGCGUUCUUCAUUAUUUUUUAUUUGUUUUUGUUUUAUUCCUGUCAGAUAUAUUUCUCUUUUAAGCCUGUCUGAGAUUUAAAGCUGUUAAAGUCUUCAAAAACUUUAAAGUUAACAAAAAUAUAGAGAUUCAUCACAGCAAUGAUGCACAAAUGCUCACAUUUAUAAUUUCCCCCAAACAUCAGAGUGGACCAAAGCUUUAGCUAAAACAAUCCAAGAGGUUAAAAAACCAUAGUUUAUUUUGUUACUUCGUAGAUUGAAUAUGGUUUUUUAUCCUGUUGCCGACCAUUUUGUCCUUGCUGGUGAUUUCAACAAUGGACAAAAUGAAGUGUAGCACUUUCUCUACUCAAACAGGAGGGAAUGUUUAAAUCAUACCCUGUUUUACUACCAAAGUAUUAUAUUUCUCUGCAUUGACAUCUCAGUGUGGGUUUCUUUGAGUUAACAUCUAAAGGUCAAAGAACAAACCCAUUCGGAAUACCAAGCAUGUUCCCAUCUGUUACAAUGUCACCCUUUUAAAGGCAGAGUUCAAAAUCACCAACACCCUUGAGUUGCCUUUGACAAUUACUUGUACAAUCCAUUACUUGUUUGAAAAAUAUAUGUUUAUAUGAAAACUGCUUGUACUAUUUGUCUGUCAGAAUGCUUAUGUAAUAAAUCAGUAAAAAUGCUGUAAUAUAAAUCUAAUGUAAAUCAGGUACAUCCAGAUCAUUUACUGACAACACAGUCUCAUGGAAACUCAUAACUAUUUUACUUUUUAGCAAAUUGGUGGUAAUUCAUAUUUUGUGUGAGUUUGUACGAUCACAUUUAUACAUUUUUUGGUGGACCUUUACGAUGCUUUUUCUUAAAAUUGUGUACAAUUCACAUCAUACAAAUUCAUAGGAACUUGCCACCCAAAUAGUUAUGUUUUCCCUUGAGAUCCGUUCGGUUUUGUGAAAGAUGUCAAGUAUAUCAUCUCUGCACAGUUCCAUUGGAGUCAUAUUCUUCACACUAUACAAAUGCAUGGAGGCCAGUGGUCGUGCUGUGAUCUUUGCAUUUGUAAAUUUAUGGAUGACAUUUAGCACCUAAAGUGCACUUUUAAUUUAAAGUUGCUCCGAGAUGGCUAACUAUCCAAUUCAAUCAUCUCUAUAUAUGAUGUAACUAUAUUUGGAUUGUCACAGUGUUUUCACUGAAUAUGAUCCUGCAUUGCCUAUAUUUGUAUGCCAGAAGAACUGCAUUGUUGUCAAAUGUUUUUGAUCUAAUACUGAACUGCAGUACUAUCAGUAUUCGCAAAAAUAACAUAGGCCGUUAUUGUAUGUAAUAUGGUACUUGAUAUCAUUUUAAACAUGUGAAACCUGUGUAUUCCGUUUGUAUUACGUGCAGUGCAUAUGCACUUCUGGCUUUGUUUUGUGGAGAAUAACAGGACAGUAUUCUAACUAAACUCUGAACAGACUAUUCUCUUCUUCCGCACACCCACUCUCAGUUAAUAAUGGCUGUGCCUUUAGGAAAGUGUUUCCAUGACUACUGAAUAUGAGUGCAACUUGUGCGUGUGUGUUGCUCAGCUGUUUGGUUAGGAAAUGGAGACAGUACAAAUCUCAGAAGCCACUGUGUGAAGAGGAGGAGAAGAGAUGAAUUUUGGCAGGCAACAGGUGAAGAUACAGUAUUAGUGUGAGAUGGCACGAGCAUGAUUCAGGAGAGGAGAGAGAGAGUGCAUUUGAGACUUGAGAAAUGAGACUUGCACUGGAUGGACAGAAAUGUAAUAAAGGAUACUAAAGGAAACAUUACAGAAACCUCUUAUCUUAAGUCCUAUGUUCUUACAAAAAUGAACGUUCUUUCAUCAUUUACUCACCCUCAUGUCUUUCAAAACCUGUAUGACUUUUUUGUUCUGCAGAGCACAAAAGAAGAUAUUUUGAAGAACGUUGGUAACCAAACAACAUUGGCCCACAUUGACGUCCAUUGUAUGGACACAAAAGACAUUUCUCAAAAUAUCUUCUUUUGUGUUCCACAAAAGAAAGAGUCAUAGGCUAUACUCUAAAAACUCAACCCUCACCGAGGAGCAUGUAUAUUUAAAAUAAAUACUUAGUGAUAGUUCACAGCAAAAUAAAAUGUUACAUUUACUCAAAACCUGUUUGACUUUCUUCCGCAGAACACACAAAAAAAAUAUUUUUAAGAACAUUGUUAACUUGUACCCAUUUACUUGGUUUUGUUUCCAUACAAUACAAGUGAAUGGGUGCCGGCUACCAACUUUCUUCAAAAUAUCUAAUUUUGUGUUCUGCAGAAGAAAGAAAGUCAGACAUGUUUGAAAUGACAAGAGGGUGAUUAAAUGACGACAUUAUUUUCAUGUUUGGAUGAACUAUUACUUUGAAGUUCAACAUUAUAAAUGGAUGUUUGGACUGAAGCAUCUCCUUUUUUUUUGCUAGUCAGCAGUAUGAGCUAAUUCCUCUUAGCAAAACUAAUGACAGCGUUUGUUUUAAACAACUAAUUUUAAAGCUCUUGCAUUGACAAUUUUGGUGGCAAAACAGCACAGCAAGGUCUUAAUUUACCUAAUGGGUUCCAAAUGAGAGAUUUGUGCUUAGUUAGCAUGUCGGCUAACCCUUCUUGUUAAAUGGGCUGUGUACAGACUACCUCACCACACUCCAUACAACAAGCAUGUGUGCACCUCCUCUGCCUAUUAAACUUGUUUGUGUUUUAAAACAGCUUUCUGGGUUUAUCUGACAGUAUGAAUCACACACGGCUGUCAGUUUUGGGGGCUGUGUAAUCCUAAAAAAAUAUGCAUUGACUGUUUUUGACAUCUGAUUAUACCGUGAGAUUGUGUUCGAUUAUGACACAAGUAUGCACAGGGCAAAGUAGUUUCACUCAAUGGCAUUGUAUUUCCUACUUCAGCAAAAUUGUUGGCAGGUAUGAACACACUAUGCCAGAUCCCAAGAAAGUCACUUUCCAAUUGUUGUCAGCUAUUUAAAUGGGUCAUAUGGCAUGAAUACGUGUUUUUCUGUGUCUUUGGUGUGUUAUAAGUUGCCCAUGCAUGUAUUAGACACGUACUGUAUAAUUGCAAAAAUUAAAGUGUCGGAACAAAGGAUGCAUUGUAUCUAAAAGCGAAUGCUCACCCAGACCUGCCUGAAACGCCUCGUGUAACCACACCCCCACAAAUCUAUGUCAGUUCGUGGUAUGUGUUGACUAAGACCACCCAAAUGUAUACGCAAGUAAGGCGGGCGUACCUGUCAGCACAAUUGCUCUGGAACCUGAUGUUCCAAAUAUGGUAAGAGGCGUUACAUUUCUGUCACACGCUUGCAGUAUUUGACCAAUCACUACGCACUGGUUAACAGGCCGAUCAUAGCACACCUCGCUUUUCAGAGCGAUGAGCUUUGUAAAAAAUAUGCGAGUUUCAGAGAGGCGGGGCAAAGGAGAUACAAACAUGCACGGUAUGUGGAAAAUACAGCGUUUUUGAACCUUAAAUCGUGUAUACACAUUGCAUUACAUGUAAAACAAAUGAUAAUUUUAUUUUUUGCCGUGUCAAAUGACUCCUUUAAAUCAGACCGGCUAUUUAGAGGAGUCUAUAUAUUUAGUACAGUGGUUCUCAAACUUUUUCGUUGUAAGGCUCCCUUUGUGUUAAGUGCAUCGCUUUGCAGCCCCCCAUAUAAAGACGUAUAAUCUUAAACUUAGAAUUUUAAUUAAACCAAAAACAUUCAGUUAUACAAUGCUAAAACCUCAAUUAUUUUGGUUGGUGGUGUCAUUUUUCUGAUGUUUGAUUGCAUAAAAUCUAUGAUAAAUUUCUAUAUUUCAUAAAAUGCCACAAAAUCUGUGGCCCCCCUGGAUCCAUCUUGGGGGCCCCCAGUUUGAGAACCACUGAUUUAGUAUGUUGCCAAACCUGUACCAAAAAAACGUACAUAGCAGUCAUAAAAAUAUUCUGUAUGUUUAAACACAGAAAAAUGUACAGUGGCCACAAGCCAAAAAAGUAUUGAGAAAAAUAUUGAGAGCUAGAAGAAUCUUGAGACAAACAGAGGAUCU